UCACGGUGCAACAAGACACCAGCAUCAGGUGACUUGAUCACGGUCGCGGGGUCAUCCCUACCCCGACAAUUAUAAUUUCGCGCCCAGGACGGAACGCUCAAGACGAUGGAUGGAGAUCCCCAAUCUCCCAAGUCACCGCCGCGACGGCGCAGACCGCCCUUGUCCUGCACCAUUUGCAGGCGUCGCAAGUUAAAGUGUGACCGCGCUCUACCAUGCGGGCAAUGCGUCAAGUCCAAAACCCCGGAUCAAUGCGUCUACGUGGGGCCUCAGGCUCCGACGUUGGGGCGCGCGGGAAGCACACCACCCGAACGUGCGCGUGUCUCCAGCAGUCGGGCUAGUCCAGCCCACGGUGGACUCUACGUAUUUGAUUCCAAGCACCAGUCGACAAACCGGGUGACCAAGCCUAAAGCACGCUCGGAUGAGUUGCACGAGCUCCGCAGUCGCAUCCAAUUUCUAGAAACGGCGCUCUCCAAGACGGGUCCCAUCCACACGCCGGAAAGUCUGGGAUAUGAUGCCCCGUCAGAAGGCGGGCAUCGCUUGGGCCCGGAGGCGCACAGCCUCGUCGAUAGCGUGAAGGACCUCCCGGACCGAUGUUGCUUCCGGGGCAAGAAGAGCCGGACCCGAUAUGUUGGGCGAAGCCAUUCCUCCGUCUCCUUGUCUUUCUUUGACGACGUUGCUACGUUUAUGCGAGGCCGGCGCAGUACAUUGAAGAGGAACCCCGACUAUAAGAAAUUCAAGGUCUUCAAAGGGGAGGUAUGGUCUCGGGAACGACAAGAACAUCAGCGCGCCUUUCGCGAGAAGCCGCCCACGUUGGAGGAAAUGGUUCCUCCUCGCCAUGUCGCCGACGAACUACUGAACCUGUAUCUGACCACGUUCGAGACAACGCACCGAAUCUUGCAUAUCCCAACCUUCCUGGAGCAGUACGGCAACUUCUGGGCGGGCGUACAGCCCAGGGAACCGUCCUUUGUGGCGAAGCUGCUUGCAUUGAUGGCCGCCAGUUGCUGUUUUCUUAGUCCGACCACGAAGAUUAAUGGCGAGGGUCCCGUAUAUCAAACGGCCGCCGAAUGGAUUGCCGGCGUCCGGUCGUGGAUUGCGUCCACGUUAGUCAGCUCGACCAUCGAUUUCAACAUUCUGCAGAUUGAAUGCCUCUUGAUGAUUGCACGGCAGGCCGAUGCGAUCGAUGGGGAUAUUGUUUGGAUCUCGUCCGGUUCGCUGACGCGGACUGCCAUGACCAUGGGGCUGCAUCGGGAUCCCCAUCGGUUCGGAAAGAUGACGAAAUUCUGGGCCGAGAUGCGCCGACGACUGUGGGCGACCAUUCUGGAGCUGGAUUUGCAGUCGUCCUUGGAUGGUGGGAUGCCGCCCACCAUCGACCUGGAUGAAUACGAUUGCGAGCCCCCCUCGAAUCUCGAUGAUGCGCAACUGACGGAAGAUAUGACCGAGGAUGCGGUCCCCAAGGAUCCGGAGGUGUUUACGCAAAGUACGUUCCAGGUCUUGCUUCUCCAGUCGUUGCCGUUGCGACUUCAUAUCGCCAAGGCGAUCAACAGUCUGAAGUUCACUCUGUCCUACGAUGAGGCCUUGCGACUCAGUGAAGAGCUGAUCCAAUUCAUGCACCACGGCGUGGGGAUCUUUCGGAAGCAGUGCGACCCGGGGCUGCCGUCGCCGGGCGGCAACGAUUCGUCCUUCGCCCAGUCCAUGUUGAUGUUUCUGUUACGGCGAUCAAUCCUGGUUCUGAACCGGCCGUUUGCGUUGAGUAUUCUCCGGUCGCCCAAAUUUUCCUACUCGCGGAAGAUCUGCCUGGAGUCCGCAUUGGAGAUCCUCUCCCAUCACGAGCCUCCGGCGAGCGCCCAGGUAUGCCCACAUCUGGGGCAGCUCAGUGGGGGGAUGUUCCGCGAUGAGUUUCUUCACGCUGCCCUGACGGUGUGCGUGGAGCUCUACAUCCAAGCGGGCGAGUUCAACAUGGCGAGCGCGUCGACCGCGGGCCAGUCCAGCGCGCUGACCUCAUUGAACGAUCUGGUGCGGUCGCAGCAGGAGGUUAUGAUCGGGGCGGUCGAGCGGACGAUCGAAACAUUCGGGAGCCGGAUCACGCCGAACGGCAAGGGGAGCAAGGCGUUUUUCCUCCCGAACCUUGCACUCUCGUCGGUGAAGGCGCGGCUCCGGGGGGAAGACCCGCAGAAGGUGAUUGAGCGGGACGCGAUGAAGUCCAUGCAGGCAUGCGAACAGGUGAUGCGGGGGGCCACCUGGGCGUCUACCCGAGCCCGACAGGCCGAGUCGACGCCCGUCUCUACGCCGUCGCUGAGUCUGGCAACACCCGAUUUACCAUUCGACCCUGCGUCGUUUGGGUUAGACACGUCGUUGGAUUUCGGGACGUUGUUUGACAUGAACGACUAUGGGAUGCCGGGGAUGUGGGAUCAGGACUUUCUGACUUUGUUCUAAUGGACAACCGAGGCGUUGGUGGAUGAGCGAGAUAUUGUGAUAUCCCAAGUUUCAUGUGAUGGAUUGCCAAUGGCUACGAUAAUGUAUGAUAAC